AUGGAAACCCCCUCUCAACUCCCACAAGACAUUAUUGUCAAUAUACUGUCGAGGCUACCAGUCAAAUCUCUGCUACAAUUCAAGUGUGUGAGCAAGCCAUGGCGGUCUUUGAUAUCCCAUCCUCAUUUUGCUAAACUACAGCUCACCCAAUCACAGAGGAACGACAACUUUAGCAGCCAGAGAGUUCUUCUCAUUACUGAGCCUCUAGAAUCAGCAGCCUGUGAAGCUUCUGGUGAUGAUGAUGACAGCAAAUUAGUUUUGAAACUUGAGUAUCCGACGGUUAAGAAGCAGACACCUGACUCUGAUGAAUUGAUGGGUGGUCGGGUCGACUUGGGAGGGUCGUGCAAUGGCUUGGUAUGCUUAGUCUUUGAGAAUGAUCGCGUCUUCUUAUUGAAUCCAACAAUGAGAGAAACCAAGGAAUUGGCGAAGCCUAAUGCUUUUGAUCCAAAGGGUACAUUCUCUUAUGGUUUUGGCUUUGAUUUCUCAACUAAUGAUUACAAAGUUGUUAGAGCUACUCGCCCUUCUAGUAACGAUGAUGCUUCUAGUGAGACUGAAGUAGAAAUUCUGGAAUUGAAGAGUAACAUUUGGCGAAGGAUUGACGGCCUUGAGUCAGAAGAGAAAUUCUAUGAACUGGUACCGGGACCAGAUCAUAUUGAAGAAAUCAAAGAUCACACACUGGUUUUGGGGAUUUCAGGAGAUUGCCUAUGCCUGUUCUAUGGAUACGGUUGUGAAACUGUUUUUGAGGCAUGGCUGUUGAAGGAAUAUGGCAUCAAGUCGUCAUGGAGUAGAUUGUUCAGUGUCCACAGAGACAUCUUGCAUGGAUAUAAAUACUGAGAGAACGCAGUAUGCUAUACAAAAACUGAAAACCAAUUCUCUAUAACCCAGGGCUUUAUGGCAGUAGUUUCAAGUGCUCAUUCAACUAUCUUCUCCAAAACCUCACUUUUUCUCCGCAUAAAUGGUUUCAAACGCUUCACUUUUUGCUUACCAUUCUCUACUUCUGCUGCUGCUUCUGUUUCUGAUAAGAAGAAGUGGAGACAACCAGUGGCUUCCUCAGUGCUAGAGCUCGGUGGAAUCAAAAUUGCUAAAGAUGAUGUGGUGAGGGAUGACCCAACGAACAAUGUUCCAGACACGAUUUUUUCGAAACUGGGAAUGCAGCUCCACACAAGGAAUAACCACCCUCUUGGGAUUUUGAAGAAUGGAAUAUAUGAGUAUUUUGAUACUAAUUACCCAAACAUGUUUGAUAAGUUUGAUGAUCUCUGCCCAAUUGUGUCAGUAAAACAGAAUUUUGAUGAUGUCCUGGUGCCUGCUGACCAUGUAAGCAGGAGCUAUAAUGAUACAUACUAUGUUGACUCUCAAACUGUGCUGAGGUGUCAUACAAGUGCUCAUCAAGCAGAGCUGUUGAGAAGGGGACACACUCAUUUCCUUGUAACUGGUGAUGUUUACCGUAGGGACUCUAUUGAUUCUACCCAUUACCCUGUGUUUCAUCAGAUGGAAGGGGUUCGUGUUUUUAGUCCUGAUAAUUGGGAGGCAUCAGGUCUGGAUCCCACAUCAUAUGCAGCUGAGGACUUAAAGAAAAGUCUAGAGGGCCUUGCUCGUCACUUAUUUGGUGCUGUUGAGAUGCGUUGGAUCGAUGCCUAUUUUCCAUUUACAAAUCCUUCUUAUGAACUUGAAAUCUAUUUUAAGGAAAAAUGGAUGGAGGUUUUGGGUUGUGGAGUGAUGGAGCAAGAAAUAUUGAAAAGUAAUGGUAGAUUAAACAGUGUUGCUUGGGCCUUUGGACUUGGAUUGGAGCGGCUUGCAAUGGUUUUAUUUGACAUACCGGAUAUUCGGCUUUUUUGGUCAACUGAUGAACGAUUUACCUCACAGUUUUCCCAAGGCCAAAUGGGAGUCAAGCUUAAACCCUUUUCAAAGUAUCCUCCCUGUUAUAAAGACAUGAGCUUUUGGAUCAAUGAAUCAUUUACUGAGAACAAUUUAUGUGAAGUUAUAAGAGGAAUAGCUGGGGAUCUUGUUGAAGAGGUGAGUUUGAUAGAUAACUUUACCAACAAGAAAGGGAUGACAAGUCAUUGUUACCGGAUUGCAUAUCGGUCCAUGGAGCGUUCACUCACAGAUGAGGAGAUUAAUGACCUGCAGUGGAACGUGAGAGAACAGGUGCAGAGCAAGUUAAAUGUUGUUCUAAGAUGAUUGUUAUUGAUACCUACACAAAGUGCAAACAUAUUUUUCUCUAUUUGAGUUAUAGGUAUUGCAUCUUGAAAAUUAUCAUACUGAACAGUUUUCAGUUAUUUAUUGCUGUUGUAAGGUAUUGGGCUGGUUAAGUCAUGGAAUAUACACAAGAAUUCUACAAUUGUAUUCCGUUGACUGUUCCUUGACAAUAAGUAUUUUUUUUUCAUCUUUCUUCUAAUAAUAUUGUCAUAUAUACAUCGUUAUUUUGCUC